AUGGCAGCCGAGUACGCCGGUGGUACUACAGAAGAAGUGGCAAUAUUUACUGAUCAUGACUGGUAUUCAGUUAUUGGAGUCCCUUCAGAUGGUCUUACAAUAGCUGUUAAUAUUGACAACAAAAUGAAGGAAGUUGGUAACGUGCUAGUCAAGGAUGGUACACUUAUUCCAGAAUGUACGAGUCUUGAUGACAAAACGUUAGUCUCGUUUCAUGACAUGCGUGUACGGAGAAUUGAAAAACGUCGUCUUUUAAUCGCUCUUGGAGAGUUUGAGACUACCUAUUUUGCACCUGUUGUGAAUUUCAAUGAUGUUCACCGCACCGCAAUUUUAAGUGUGGACGUCAACUGUACUGGGAAGUUGAUUGUCUCAUCGUCUGCGGAUGGUUCGAUUAAGAUCUGGAAUUCGGAAACUGGGGAGCUUAUAAAGAGGUUUGAAGGAGAUAAUAUGGAUGUAAAUAAGGUUAGGUUUUUUCCAUCUGGCCUUGUCGUGUUAAGUUGCGGUGAAGAUAUGAGUGUUCGUGUUUUAAGUGCUGAAACAGGCCUUUGUUAUCGAACGUUUCAUGGCCAUACAAGAGGUGUGCAAGACAUUGCAUUUAUUGGUGUUGGGAAAGAUGUUCUAUCAGGAGCAAAAGAUGGUACCUUGAAGAUAUGGAAUUGCGCUUCUUCAGAAUGUCUGCAUACGUAUCAUCCUAAUCAAGGCGCUGUGAAUGCCAUUGUUCUCAAUUCAAAUGAAUCUGAUAUUUGUGGUAUUGCUGCUGAAGAAGGAGCAAGCUUGUUAGAUAUCCGUUCAGCUGAUAUUGUUAGUUUUACUUCAUCGUUUUACAAACUUGAUCUACAUGCCCUGAUCUCUCGCAGUUUUGUGGUCGCUUUCCCAAGCGACGGUAGCGUAUGUGGAUAUGAGAAAACACUGAAACGAAGGUCUGCGCUUCUUUGCUUUUCUGGAGCCGAUUGUGACCCUGUUUACGAUUUUUCGAUAUUUGACGAUACGUACUUGUACACUUGUUGUAGGGAUAAAGUCAUUCGUAAGUAUGAAAUUGUGGUGUAA